AUGGGCCCAGAAGAGAAAGCUGCUACCGUAUUCAAUGACACAUUUAUUCGCCCUAAACAAUUCUAUCUCAGUGGGUUGUCUAGCAUCUCUCAUGUAAAGUAUUUCUAUGUGUUCCUGUGUUUUGUCUAUAUCCUGACAGUUAUUGGGAAUGGGCUCCUUCUCUCAGUUAUUUACCUGGUCAAGACUCUUCAUACUCCUAAAUAUAUGAUUGUGUUUAACCUGGCUUUGACAGAUUUGUGUGGGAGCACUGCUCUCAUCCCGAAACUCUUAGACACAUUUUUGUUUGACAGGAGAUACAUUGUCUAUGAGGCAUGCUUAAGUUAUAUGUUCUUUGUUUUGUUCUUUGGAAGUGUGCAGUCAUGGACACUUGUCACAAUGUCAUAUGACAGAUUUAUAGCAAUUUGCUUCCCUUUAAGGUACCAUAGCAUUGUGACAAAACCAGCUAUUGCUGCAAUGCUGCUGUUUGCAUGGUUUUUUUUACUGAGUGUAAUAGCAUUCAUGGUUGGGCUGAUUGAUCGCCUCUCCUUCUGUAGAUCUUUGGUGGUAGAGAGCUUUUUCUGUGAUCAUGCACCAGUAUAUCAUCUGGCGUGUAAUGACACGUCUUUAAAUUACAUAAUAGCAAAUGCUGCUUUCAUUGUAAUCGUCUGUGUUCCUCUUGUAUUGAUAGCAUUGACAUAUGUUUGCAUUUCCAUAGCAUUGAGCAGGAUUGCAUCAGGAGAAAAACGAGUCAAAGCAUUGAAAACUUGUACUUCUCAUUUGAUUCUUGUGGCUAUUUUCUUCCUCCCAAUUGUGAGCACCAACAUAGCUGCACUGACCUCCUACAUCCAUCCUAAUGCCAGGAUCAUAAACUCCUCUUUAACACACACCUUACCAGCUUUGCUCAAUCCAAUUAUAUACUCUUUACAGACAGAAAAAAUGCUGAACUCUAUGAAGAAGCUUUGUAAAAGAAAUAGGAUUAGCACCACAAACAGAAAAGACAAACUACUUAUCACUGUUAUGAUGACUAAUUAA